AUCGAAGGCCAUCUACGAUCAAGUUUUUAACCAAACAGUAGCCGCCUUGGUUACCACUGAAAGUGUUUCUAAACAAAGCAUUAUUUAUUUAUAAAUAUAUGAGUGCAUUGCACACACAUAUACAUAUGUGUUUUUGACAUUUUAUCAUAUAUUUAUUAACAUCUAAACAUCAUAUAAAUCGACAAACAUUGUUCCAUUUUAUCAUUUUAUUUAACAAUUAAUUAUUUUUCUUUUCUUUUUAUAUUCAUUGUUAACUCGACAUUAAUCUCGUAUACGACCUAAAAAAAUCAUUUUUGAAUAUAAUUUGAAAAAUACGUUGGUGACGUGAAAGAUAGAAAAAAAUCAAAGAAAUGGAAAAAAUAGAAGAAGCUGACGAUGGUGCGAUUGAUGUAAUAGGCGAUGAAGACGACGGUCCUGUUGAUAUCAUAAAAAUUCAACAAGAUUUUUACGAAUCAUUCAUACCUAUUUUAACUGAUAAAUCAACACAUGGCUAUUCUGAAGUGUUGAAUAAAGAGGUGCUAAAGGAUAUGAUUAAGUCAACUGUGGAACUUUACACGGAUAUGAACGAAAGUGAGAUCAAUUCAUUUUCCGAUUGUCUUUGGGAACAGAAAAAGUUUACGGGCAGCGAUGAUUUGAGAAUUUCGCAAUUAUUUGUGUGCUGUGUUCAUGACACAAAAGGUCAAAUAACUUAUCCAUUGGAUAUAAAGUCAACGAAAUUUUCAAUCCGUCCCAUUUAUCGAGUUCCCAAGUGCUUCAAAAAAACUCAACAUCAAAGAGAUUGUUGUGCUGUGUUUAUUGAUGAAUUUGCUCGUGUGUACAAAACAUGGAGUAAUUUUUGUGAAAAGAAUAAAUACGGAAAUUGUUUAAUAAUUGCACCCAAGGGUGGAUUCUAUGAUGCAACAACUGAAAAUAAAGUUGAAUUAGACAUAUUCUAUCAAAAAGACGGUGUUAUUAAAUACUUUGAUUACGGAUCAACAGCAGCAAGUUUGGGUUCGGCUGGUGUAUUAUUAGUUGGACUAUUACCAGUGGUUACUCUUGCACCUGUUGUUGCUACUGGUGCUACUUUUGCAGGUGUGGCAUGUGCCGGCUAUGCGGCUGUACGUAGCGUCUAUCAGCUAUUUGAUCGAAAGAAACACGAUCAAAGCAUUGGCAUAAAAAACAAAGAGUCAAGAGCAGCUUAUUUUAAUAUCACAUCUGGAGCUUUAUGCGCUGGUGCUGCUGUAGGUUCAAGAGCUGCCAUACAGGCUGCAUUAAAUCGACAAACAUUAUCAAAAGUCGCACAAAGAACAAUUACUUACGUUGGUGCCAGUUCCAUUGGCUUUCAGGCUGUUGGUUGUGCUGAUGAAUUGAUUUCAAUUAUAUCGGACUUACGUCGAAAAAAACCAAUUUCAACGGUAUAUUUGGCGCAAUUUGGCGCACAAAUCUUUUUACUUGCACUUUCAGUUAAAAAUUUCAAAUUAACCGAAAAAUUAACGGAAGUUAGUGGUCAACGAAAUCCAAAAACGAUUCGUAAGAUGUUAAGAAACAACAAUUCAGAUGGUUCAUUAAAGUAUUUAUUUAGUGGUGCUGACUUUCUCGAGAAAAAUAUUAAUGGAUUCACCGCAAAUUCGAUGAUGAUUCAAUCUAUUUUUACUGGUUAUUUAAACGUCUCUCAAAAGGUCAAAGUGGAAUGUGAAAAAUAUUUUGACGAACGAUUAAAGACAAUUCUUGAUAUCCUUGUAAGAGAUGGAUUAAUCAACAAAGAAGAAUUCAAAGCAAUAGAUCAGUUAUUAAAAUACUUUUUGGAAACUAUGAACCUGAGUUCAUUGGAUAAAUUUUUUGAAUUAACAAAAAAAUUUGUGAUUGAAUCAGCCGAAAUGCCCAAAAGUAAGACAAUUCGCGAAUUUUCAUUCGAUUGUUACUUGAAAUCGGUUUAUAUAUCAAUGAUUCGAAAUCAGAACAACACAAAUAUCAACGAUUUUCUAUCAGCUUUAACUAAUGACAGUUUUGAUAUGAUGGUUGAUGAGAUAAGAUCAGAUGGUUCUUCGAUUUUCGGUUUGUGCUGCCAAUUUGAUGAUAUUUUUGGUGCAAACCUAGAAAAAGAAAUGAGCCUUGGAAGAAAAAUUUCAUUGAUAAUUGAGGAACGUUGUCAAAUAUUCGUUACAAAAUUUAUUGAAUUUCCAAUACAAUCGACUUUGGAUAAUUUAGCAUUAUCAGCUCAAUAUGUUUUGCGACGUUUGGCAAUCGAAGCGGCCACGUUAUUUUUUGGAAUUACUAAACAAAUUUUAAAUGAAUGUGUGGCUCAGUUUAUUAAUCAAAACUUUUCCCAACAUGAAUUCAUUAAAAAAAGUUUUCAAAUGCUUUUGAAGAAAUGUAAUGGCAACCUAACGAAUUUGGAAAAAUAUAUUAAAGUAUUGUUUGAUAACAAAAAUGGUGAAUAUGAUCGAAUUAAAAAGGAUAUUCUUGAUCAUUAUUUUUCAUCGAGACAAGAAACCACAUUAAAAGAAUGCAAAGUUUGUGGAGGCGAAAAUUUCAUUUAAAUACAUGAUUUAUUAUGAUUUAUUGUAAAAGAAUGCACAAAAAUAAUGCAACUAACAUCGUUCAAUUUUUAAAUAUUUUAAGUUUAAGGCUUUACGUUUAUUUUGUUUGUUUGUUUGUGUUCUAAAAUAUGAUUAAGUUUUACUUUCGACUUUUUAAUUUGAGAAUGACUUUGAAGAAGAAAUGGCGUCAUCCGAAGGACUUAACAACAGCUAGAGAGCAUAUUAUUACUAAAUUCGAUAUGAUUUAAAAAAAAUUGAUUUAUUUCAUUCCCAACAAUUUUUCUAAAGACAUUUUCUUGGAUUCACUAAUUCACUAAAAAAGAUUUUUAAUAGAACCACAUCGAUUUUUAAAAACGAUUAAAACUACAAUAUUUUGAUAAAGAAUUAAUAUCAUAACUAGAGUAUAUUGAAGUAGUUGAUAAUAAUAUAUGAAUAAAAAAUGUUUUUUUUUUCGAUUGCCAUUGAUUUUAGUAAUCUUUGCAUUCUGUUUACAAUUCUGUUUACAAUUUAAAAGAAAAAUAUUGACUAACUAUAAAUCAUGUAUGCAUUAUCUUACUAAUCCUUAGAAUAAAAUUGUGAACUAUAUAUAAAAUAAUUUCGAUGAGAAUGUACGGAGAUUCGUUCUAUAUUUCAGAAAAAAAUGGUCAAAAAUAUUUCUUUUGUUCUUUUUCGUUGUUCAUACGUGCACAAUAUUUUAUAUGAAAAUCUCAUAAAAAUGUGAAAAAUAUAUAGUUAAUACAAUGUAAUGUUCUUAUUGCAAAUGGUAAAAAGGCAUGCAUAAAUGCAAUCGUCA